CUCCACCUCGACAACCGCAACAAUGCCUUCCGACAAUCUCUCCACGCCGACCCAGGAGCAGAUCCUCGUCCCGGAGACGCUCCUGAAGAAGCGCAAGUCGCAGGAGAAGGCCCGCGAGGAGCGCUCUGCCGAGCUUGAGAAGAAGAAGAAGGCCCAGAAGGAGAAGCGCGGCGUCAUCUUCAAGCGUGCUGAGAAGUACGUUAAGGAGUACCGCGAUGCUGAGCGCGAGAAGAUCCGUCUUGCUCGUCUCUCCAAGCAGGAUGGCUCUUACUACGUGCCUGCUGAGGACAAGCUUGUCUUCGUUGUCCGCAUCAAGGGUAUCAACAAGAUUGCACCAAAGCCCCGCAAGAUCCUCCAACUCCUCCGUCUUCUCCAGAUCAACAACGGUGUUUUCAUCCGCCUGACCAAGGCCACCCUCGAGAUGCUCAAGAUCGUCGAGCCAUGGAUAGCCUACGGUUACGCCAACCUCAAGACCGUCCGCGAGCUCAUCUACAAGCGCGGAUACGGAAAGGUCGACAAGCAGCGCAUUGCUCUCACCGACAACGCCAUCGUCGAGGCCAACCUCGGCAAGUACGGCAUCGUCUGCAUGGAGGAUCUCAUCCACGAGAUCUACACCGUCGGACCCAACUUCAAGCAGGCCUCCAACUUCCUGUGGCCAUUCAAGCUCUCCAACCCUACCGGUGGCUUCCGCACCCGCAAAUUCCGCCACUUCGUCGAGGGAGGUGACCUGGGUAACCGCGAGGACAAGAUCAACGCUCUUAUCAGACAGAUGAACUAGAAAAUAUAAAACAAUAGUUCGCUGCAUGGUGAUGUGUGUGUCAGGAACCGGGAUGGGAGUCUUGCUUGCUUCUUAGCUAUAUUUUAGCAUGAAUGGCGUAACCACGGCAAUACUGAUCUCGAUUCAACUUCAGUAUAAAAAUGACCUUUUUUUUAUGA